GCGAAAACAGUUUUGGGGCAGUCAACAAGAAGCUGAUACAGAUUAUUGUGCAAUGUCGGAGCCUCUAUACCUGAUUACCGUACUUUUGGUUGGAGUUUGUUCAAGAUGCUAUUGUUUGUAAACGAAAAAUAUACGGAAGGAAAAAUACUUGCUAAAUAAAUGGAUUAAAGUAAGAAAAAAAAAAGUCUACAAAAAAAUGGAGAGAGCAGCUGAGAGUGGGGUGAGGAGGUUGGCGCUAGCAAAUGCUGAAAUCUUGCUUUGUUAUACGGUGCACUUCAUCUAGCCAGAUAACAAAAAUAACUUCAAGAAGUGGGAUUUUCAUUUUCAUUUUCAUUUCCCCCCCCCCCCACUUCGCAUCCACUCUUAUACCGGGAAUUUGGAGUUAGUUUGUGGCUUUACUAAGUGACUUGGGGAAGACUCAACAGUUGGUUAGUGUUUUGGGGGCGUGGCCAGACGCUGUGCCCUCAUGUCGUGCGGGCGAUGACGACGCUCUGCGGCGCUGGGGGGGCAGGAUCGUGACAUGAUGGGGUGCGGGAGGAGCAAGGUUCUCCCCGAGCCGCCCACGGAAGUCCAGCUGGACCUGGUCAAGAAGGUGGAGCCCCAGACCGGACAGCUUGCUGACCCUUACCGGCACUUCAUCCGGGAGGGGGCCAGCGGGGGCAAGGCUGGGGGCGAGAAGGCCGGCUCGCCCUCCCCCCAAAGCCCGGCUCCCCCCAACGGGCCGUCGGACCCGGCCGACCCGCGGCGGAGCAAAGCCGCCAAGUACCGCGCCAAGUUCGACCCGCGCGUCACCGCCAAGUACGACAUCAAGGCCCUGAUCGGCCGCGGCAGCUUCAGCCGGGUGGUGCGCGUGGAGCACAAAAGCACGCGGCAGCCCUACGCCAUCAAGAUGAUCGAGACGCGGUGCCAGGAGGGCCGGGAGGUGUGCGAGUCGGAGCUGAACGUGCUGAGGCGCGUGCGGCACGCCAACAUCAUCCAGCUGAUCGAGGUGUUCGAGACCGCCGAGCGCGUCUACAUGGUGAUGGAGCUGGCCACGGGCGGCGAGCUCUUCGACCGCAUCAUCGCGCGCGGCUCCUUCACGGAGCGCGACGCCACGCGCGUCCUGCAGAUGGUUCUGGACGGGGUGAAGUACCUGCACACGCUGGGCAUCACGCACCGCGACCUCAAGCCCGAGAACCUGCUGUACUACCACCCGGGCGCCGACUCCAAGAUCAUGAUCACCGACUUUGGCCUGGCCGGCACGCGCAAGCGCGGCAACGAGUGCCUGAUGAAGACCACGUGCGGCACGCCCGAAUACAUCGCGCCCGAGAUCCUGGUGCGCAAGCCCUACACCAACGCCGUGGACAUGUGGGCGCUGGGCGUCAUCUCCUACAUCCUGCUCAGCGGCACCAUGCCCUUCGAGGACGAGAACCGCACACGCCUCUACCGCCAGAUCCUCAAAGGGAAGUACAGCUUCUCCGGGGAGCCCUGGCCCAACGUGUCGAACCUGGCGAAGGACUUCAUCGAGCGCGUGCUGACGGUGGAGCCGGGGGCGAGGCUGAGCGCGGGACAGGCCCUGAAGCACCCCUGGAUCGUCAGCAUGGCCGCCUCGUCCUCCAUGAAGAACCUGCACCGCUCCAUCUCGCAGAACCUGCUGAAGCGCGCCUCGUCCCGCUGCCACAGCACCAAGUCGGCCCAGUCCACGCGCUCCAGCCGCUCCACCAAGUCCAACAAGUCCCGCCGCGCCCGCGAGCGCGAACUGCGCGAGCUCAACCGCCGCUACCAGCAGCAGUACAACGGCUAAGCGCUAACGGCUACGCGCUAACCGCCGCUACCAGCAGCAGUACAACGGCUACGCGCUAACCGCCGACGGCUAUGUGCUGACUGCUGACGGCCAAGCGCUGACCGCUAACAGCUACGCGCUAACCGCCGACGGCUACGUGCUGACCGCUAACGGUUAAGCGCUAAUGGACCUCCUACUCCAGGCCACAAGGACCGUAAAGUCACGUACUCUCUCCCUUUUUUUUUUUUUUUUUUUUAACCCUCUGUGUUACUCUUCUCUUUCUCUCUCUGUGCGUUUGUGUUCCUUUAUUUAUUUAUUGCCUGUGUCGUCCGUGUCAUUGUCUUUUUUUUUGUUUUUUGUUUUUCCUCUCCUCCCUCUGAAAGCUAGCAUCACGUGAAGCCUUAAGGCUGGAAGGAUCUGUUGAACAGAAUGCUGGGAAGUGAAGUUUUUUUUGUUCGUUUGUUUUGUUUUUGGUUUGAGUGUUGAGAAGGUGUUCCGGUUAUAGUGAAGGGUCUGUUGAAAGAAUGUCUUGUGGAUGUUGUGUACAUCCGUGCUGUGAAAUUGUGUGGUAAAAGUAUAGCAGAAGCAGAGGUGAAGACUAAGCAAUCAUAAGCAUUAAGAAUGCAGUUCAGUUGUUAAACUUAGGACCAGUUUCACAGACUGAUUAAGCCGAGUCCUGGACUGAAUUUGAUUUUAAUGGCGGUUCCCUGUGCUAAACUCAAUUUAAUCCAGGAGUAGGCUUAAUUGUCUGUGAAACCGGCCCUAAAGCUGGUACAUUGCACCGAAACCUCAGUUUGUUCAUGAUGGCCAUUUAAUUGUUGUUUGCCAAUUUUAAUUUAGAUUUUUCCCUUUGCAGAAUGAUCUCUGACAGGUUGUUAACCUCUUAUGCGUGAACGAGAGCAUGGUCAAAUGGUGAAUCCUCUAAACAAGGGAUCAUCAAAUCACGUUCCUCGAGGGCCAAGAACUGCUGCUUUUCCCCCCUCCCUUUACCUGGGAGUCGGGUGUCAAGACAGUCUGGCCAAAAGAAAACCAGGGCUGCACCAAAUUUGCUGAUUGCUGCAAUUUUGAGUUUGAGUGGCCGGUUGAAUUUUGCAUUUCUAUUGCUCCGCCCACAUAACUCUUCCCCAUUGGUCGCUGAGAGUCCGACUCCGGUGUCCAUGCACGCACCCUCCUCAGAUACACCUCCCACCUUAAAUGCCUUUCAACCUCUGACCUCUGACCUCUGACCUCUGACACAGCCUUUACUUCCUGUACGCACUGAAACAAAAGGGCCAUCUGACUCAUCCACCCCCACUAGGAUUUGCUGACAGAACCAUGUGCACUUGUGCACUGGCCCUCCAUCCACACCAAGAACCGUGACCGUAGCUAUGAAUACGGGUUAUGGUCUCCUGGGAGUGGCUGGCUGGUCUCAAUCUUGGCGACCGACUAUUAACCCUUUCAGUCCCGAGCCCAAUAUGAAGUGGCUUAAAGGUUUAUGGUCGAGAGUGGGAUUUGGGAUUUAGUUAGGUUUGAGUGCCAUAUGGCACUCUUGGGGCUGAAAGGGAUAAACUUCUUGAAUGGAAACGAAAGUGUGAAAUGUGACGAAAUGAAGCGCUUAUGGAAAAUGGGGAGAAAAAAAAGAAUUUGAAGACAUUAUUGUUCAUCACUGUGGAUGCUAUAGUUAUUGUUCAUAGUUCUAGUUCUUGGUGUGGAUGGGCUUUAAUGCAGGGGGGCUUAUUUAUACCCGGAGUCUCGGUCGUUCCUGCAGUCUACUUCAUCUGGACAGAGCCCAGUGGUCCCUGUCAACCACUACAGUACGUUGUAUUGUACAGUACUGGGGCAGCCAGCCUGGUUCAGCUCUACAGAGGGAAAGGGGUGUUAGUGAGCCAGACUGGUUCAGCUCUACAGUGGGAAAGGGGUAUAAUGAGCCAGCCUGGUUCAGCUCUACAGUGGGAAAGGGGUAUUAGUGAGCCAGCCUGGUUCAGCUCUACAGUGGGAAAGGGGUAUAAUGAGCCAGCCUGGUUCAGCUCUACAGUGGGAAAGGGGUAUUAGUGAGCCAGGCUGGUUCAGCUCUACAGUGGGAAAGGGGUAUAAUGAGCCAGCCUGGUUCAGCUCUACAGUGGGAAAGGGGCGUUAGUGAGCCAGCCUGGUUCAGCUCUACAGUGGGAAAGGGGUGUUAGUGAGCCAGCCUGGUUCAGCUCUACAGUGGGAAAGGGGUGUUAGUGAGCCAGCCUGGUUCAGCUCUACAGUGGGAAAGGGGUGUUAGUGAGCCAGCCUGGUUCAGCUCUACAGUGGGAAAGGGGUAUUAGUGAGCCAGCCUGGUUCAGCUCUACAGUGGGAAAGGGGUGUUAGUGAGCCAGCCUGGUUCAGCUCUACAGUGGGAAAGGGGUGUUAGUGAGCCAGCCUGGUUCAGCUCUACAGUGGGAAAGGGGUGUUAGUGAGCCAGCCUGGUUCAGCUCUACAGUGGGAAAAGGGUUGUGAUGAAAAUGGUGACCCUAUGAAAUCAUUUGCAUAAAAAAAGACAGUCUUACAUGCUGUGCUGUAGUGUGCCUCGUAGGUCCCGGUUAGUGGCUGUGCUGUGCUCAGAAGGGGCUGGGAGUCUGAGGUUAGGAGGGCAGAGUUUAAGGUCAAAGGGCCGGUCCUCUGCACUGAGGUAAUAAGGGUGCCCUUCACUGCUCUGUCUAAGGAGGCUCAGAGGGUGGUGGCAGGGUAUUUUCCCCCAUGUCCUUCUAUCUGUGAGGAGCAUGCACAAGGCAAGGCAGCCUGGUCUACUGCUGUGAGGUUCACUGCUCUCGUCCCAGAAAAGAAAAGAAAUCUUUUCAUUUUAGUCUUUACUCACCAGUAUUAUGUCGACUUGUCACCUUCUAGCCUUUAAAUGAAGAAUAAUGUUUAUAAAUCCAUUUUAUUUUCCCAUAGCUGUGCAGCUAAUCAACCCUGAUUUGUUUUCGAAUGCACUAGUUUUCAUUAAGACCCAUCAUAAACGUUAUAAAAAGCACACAAUGUUCAAUUUGUGUGUUGAAUGAAGGCACUACAUUCCCCCCCCACACCCCCAAAGAAAGAAGUACACUAAACACAAAGCAUUUUACCAACUACAGGUACAGCACGCUGACAGCUGUGCAUUGUGGGAAUUGUAUGCAUUGUGGGUCAUUAAGCUAAAAUGAAUGAAAUGUAUUCUGGGUCAUUUACAGUUUGCUGGCUUAUAUGCCUUUAAUGGCAGUUAUUGCUGGUUUCAUGUCAAAUUUUAUUUUUUUCUAAAAGAUGGGUCAUUCUGUUUUACUUCAUUCUGAUUUUUAAGAACAUUUCUUAAGGGAAUAAAUGCUGGUAGGUUUUCUGCUGGACAAGUAUAUCACCGUGAUGGACAGUUUUGAAGGAAAGGGGGGGAAGACGCUUCUUUUUCUCGUGAAUCCUCUUUUUAUUUUUUUUUUAAACUGCUUUCUGUCCUGUUCUGAAUUGAGAUGUGAAUUAUUAUUAUUUUUUGAAUACUGGAAUAGCUGAAGAGCACAGGCUGUCCCUCUUGCCAUGUUUAAGCUGUAGACUGAGGACCGGAGGGAGAGGCCAUUGUCACCCAAGUGGAGGGGGGUCCUCCAGCCAGCCGGCCAGCCACACUCUGCCUGGUACUCAGUCUGCAGUGCCACUUUAAUUAGCAUCUGACCCUCGCACUUCUGAGUGACCUGUGGAGUAGAGUUAAUGAUUGAUUUUAUUUUAUUUUUUAUUUUUUCACAAAAAUGUUUAUUUCAUUAGAUUUGCUAUUUUAUACGCCAAUGAGCUAUGUCUGUCCCAAAUAGUCCAAUUUGUCAAAUUGUCACACAGUGGUCAUGAACCUUCACCUUCAUCUGACACCCCUGGUUUUAAUUUUUUAUUUUUACAAAAAUGUCUUGUAUUCCAUGUAAGUUCUAAAACGGCAGUCCCUCAUUGUAUUAUGUGAUACUUGUACCCACAGUAUUUCUUUAAAAACAUUAUUUUCAGAAGAGGUGGUGAAUUUAAGAUUUCUCUGUUUUGGCCAGAUCUAUUUGUCAUUUCAAGGAGAAGACUGGCAGCCAUCAGCACAUUCUGAUAAAAUUUGUGGAAUUGAGAGAUUUCCUGGAGUACCCCCACUUUUCAGUUUUAACUGUGACCUAAUUUUUGCAUUUCCUCACCCACCAAGUCAUUUUUAGUCCUCUAAAUUCCUUGACUGAUCUGGAGGAACUCAAAUCGAAGAUCCUGUUUGUUUCGUACUUUUAUUUAGCCCGCUACCCCAGUCAUGGCACAUUUCCGGAUACUCUGAGACCAAUACCAAUACUCUGAUUGAGACUGAUACUCUGAAACCAAUACUAAUACUCUGUAUUGGUCUAGCCUUUUCUUUUUCUUCUAGAAACACUGCAAAAUAGCCAGAUCACUAAAUGACAAAAUGAGUUCAAAGGCUGUACAAAAAUAAAAAUUGACUCAGACACGAAAACCGAUACUCUGAUUGAGACUGAUAUUGAUUGAGAUGGAUAACUCGGUGAUACUUUUAGUUGAGACUGAUAACUAUUUAGACUGAUAUUCUGAUUGAGACCGUUAAUGCUGAGACUCAAUACUGAAACCAUUACCAUGGAGCAGGUGAGAUGCAGGUAAUGAUGGAGUCCAGUCUCCUACCUGCCUGACCACACUCCAGGGCUGAGCUUAGGCGAGUGCCUUCACCUGUGGAGCCAACUGGAGCUCGCCAUGGAAGUGAAUUUAAAUUCAUGAACUGGAAAAAAAAUAAUGGCUAUGCUAUUCUAUGGAGAUAUUUCAAUUUGUUGAAUUAACGGUCAAUGUUUCGGAUCUGAAAUAGAAUUUCAAGCCCGACCGUCAACCCUAGAGCCUUUGUCUUUCAUUUGUUUAACCAUUUGUUUAACAAUUCAUUUUUUUAAUGAUAAUCGCCAGCAAUAUUUCAGACCACUCUAUUCUUACAUGGACCAAAGGGAACCUCAGCCUGCUACCAGUCUGCCGAGGAGAACCGUUCUGUGUGGAUAGGAUUGAAGGGAGCGAAUUGAGCCGAAGUUCUUAGCUUUUUCUUCAAGAAACACUGUGCAAAAUAGCCAGAUCACUAAAUGACUAAAUGAGUUCAAAGGCAUUUAGCUGUGAGUACAUGCAUUUUUUCAUAAACAAGUACUCUUGAUUUGUUACAUUUCACACCUGUAUAGCGUAUUACAAAAGAUGUUGUACAAGGCAAAACCAGCACUGUUUCCCCAACAAACUUUUUAAUAACGUGUUUGUAUCCGAUGUAUUUUAAAUGGUUUUUGUCUAUGUGUGUUUAUAAUGGAGGUUAAUAAUGAAUAGAUUUUUUAAUUUACUUUUUUUAUGAUGAACUGGUUCAGUCUUAGUUUUGUGUAAACACGUGCCAACAAAAUAAACCCUAUAACUUGUC